AUGUUGCAGGUGGAAUCUGCUAGCAAGCGUCUUAUUGAAGCAGCUAAGGAUAUGAGAAGGAAAAACCUGGACAGACUUUGGGUUGUGCCUAUGUAUGGUGCGUUGCCGGCAUCCGAGCAGCUGAAAGCGUUCGAUUCAACAACACAUGGUACCAGAAAAAUUGUUGUUGCCACAAAUAUUGCAGAAACUUCGCUCACUAUACCCGGCGUUGCUUAUGUGAUUGAUUGCGGUUUUGUGAAACUGCGUGCGAUGAAUCGUGAAAAUGGUUUCGAAAGCCUCAUGAAAUUACCUAUUUCUCAAGCAUCGGCGCAACAACGUGCUGGAAGAGCAGGCCGAAUUCGUCCUGGGAAAUGCUAUCGUCUUUACACUCAAAAAGAGUACGAUAAGUUGCUUGUGAAUACGGUGCCGGAGAUGCAGCGAGUAAGUCUCGCACCCGUUAUUCUUCAGCUCAAAGCUUUGGGAAUACACAACGUGUUGCGUUUCAAUUAUUUGUCGGUAAGCUUUUCUUGUAAAAUAUGUAGCACAUCUUAA